CGGUCCCGCUUCAGGAUGACCCUGGCACGCCAUGGCCACCAGGGCUGCGGCACUGUCAUGGCUGGUCAGUGCCAUUGCAGAGGAAGGAUGGAAGGUUCAGCAUGGUUUGCCAAUGCUGGAGUGGUGCGCCUUGCUGACAGAUAUGGAGCCAAAGGAUUUGCUCCAGAGAUGUUGCCAACCAGACAGCCACUCCUGUUUUGAGCUGGCUGAUGCGAUUGGUGGGAAAUGCUGCAGACAGGAGACCAGCCCUAGUGGUUUCUAUGGUUUUCUCCUUCCACCCAGAUCCUUCUCCCUGAACGGCAAACUCCACCAGUUGGAUCCGUGCGCUGAAACAGAGGCAGAAUGCCUCUUCUCCUGGGGGAACUUCCACAUCCUUGGCCCAAAGUUGGAGGAGGAGUUGGAUGCCUUGGGCUUUUUAGGGGAUGAAACGGGGCCUGCCCUGUCGAUGAAGGCCACCACUAGCCCAAUCCUGAUGGAUUUGGUCCGUGUGAACAGCCAUGAUGAAGAGGUACCAAUUUUUUACCACCGCCUGUUCCAUGAGUAUGCCGAGGUGACUCCGCAAGCGUUGUGGGAGUACUCGCACUACACCUUGCACAGGAACCAGUUCCUCGCCAGCCUGGCGGCCCGGCCCCGGGUUGCGAAGCGUGGAGCCGUCUGCGGGCAGCCGGAGGCGGCCCAGGCCAAGGCCAUGGCGGAUACCACGGCGCUGCCGUGGUUGGCGCUGAGGUGGAUGGAACGCGGAAAUGAACCCUUUGAUUCCUUCGUGAACCUUGGCGCUCGCGACGGCCUCGCGGACGACCCGCUGCAGUUCUUGCUGCGGGACCCGCGGCACGUGGAGUUCGCGCUGGCGGUGGAGAUGGAUCCUGAGUACUGUUCCCGACACCGUGCCAACCUGCCGCAUGUGGUGGUGUUGUGCCUCCGAGUGUCCCAACAGCGGAUGCCCGAGAUCUUGAAAGAGGUUCCCGAUUGGAGACUCUUCCACCGCCGGGAAGUGGAUGGCAUGCCCCGUUUGGAUGUCCUGAAGGUGGACUUAGAUGGAGCAGACUGCGAUGCUGCCAGAGCGUUCCUGACUUCUGUGCGAGCCAAAUUGGUUGUGUUGGAGGUUUUCGAUGGUUUGCCACCACCCUUACGCUUUGCAUUACACGAGCAUCCGGAACUACGAUGGGGAGAGCUGAAGAUCUGGGGGUGCUCCUUGAGCUAUCAGGUGCGUAUGUUGAAGCCCUUGGGCUAUCACCUCGUGUGGUAUGGUGCCGGUAACGCCGUGUACGUGCACAGCACGGCGAAGAGGCGACUGGGACUUCCCAGGCUGGAUGAAGUGGAUUGCUAUGCCAAGUCCGUGGUCAUGGCCAUGUGGCCGAACGGUCGGACACUUCGCCGAUGGUUUUAUGAGGAUCCCUUGAACCUCACUUUGUCCGAUGCCCGCCGUGCGCUGGGCGAGCAUCUGCAGGGAAGACCGUACACGUUGAUGCUGUGAGGCCGAAAA